AUCACAAGCUUCGUUCAUUUAACUGAAACUUGUUUGGUUAAGUGCCGCGGCGCACUUCAAACCUGAAAAUUGAACUAUAAUUAAAAUUUUGUGGAUCAGAAAAUGAGCAUAGUAUAACAAACAUGCAAGCAAAAUAAGACAUAACCAAAAAAAAAACAUAAAUUCGAUACGUAGGGAUAUAUUAAUAACUAAAUUAAGAAGAAUUUAUCUUGGCCUUUGCCUUUGUGCCUCUGGAGUCUGUCUGUAAGUUGUAAGUUAUUAAUUGUAAUUGACACUUUCAAUUUCAAUUUAAAAAAAAAUAAAAUAUUCUCAUCCAGUCUUGUCAUUGUAGAAAGAAUGAGAAUGGCUUAGUUAGGCCUAGGCUUAGUUUAUAAAGUGUGGCCUCAUUUAUAUAAAUAUAAGCGUAGGCCUAAGCAAUAAUAAUAAAGUUUAGUUUAUUUAAAAAAACAUGCUUCAUCCCCAAAAGCUUGAACUUGAAGUGUGGUACAAUUACAAAGUCAACCACAUUAUAAAGAGAAAUAAAAACAAUCUAAAAUUUACCACAUUUAAAAAACAGACGCAACAAUAUAAAACUACACUCGAGCAUACCAAGUCAAAGUCUUUCAUCCCGUUUCAACCAUAAGCGACACAGGCCAAUAUACAUUAACUGAAAAAGAUGGUAGAUAGCAUAACCCCAGAAAGUGUUCGCGAAAUAGAUGUGUUUUUAAAUCGGUUUUAAAGGACUCCAGUGUCUGGCUGUUUCUGAGAGCGACUGGAAGGGCGUUCCAAAUUGUUGGACCGGCAAAUGCAAAAUUGCGCUUUCCGUAAGUCUCAAGGCGAACACACGGUAUCAAUAUUUUGCCACUAUCGGAUGAGCGGAGCUCUCUAGUGGGUACAUAAGGCGUCAUGAGUGCUUUGAGAUAAGAUGGCGCCAGGUCAUGUAAGCAGUGGUAGCACAAAGUUGCAAUUUUGUACUCUAAUGACUUUAUAAACUAAGCCUAGCCUAAAUAAGCCAUUCUCAUCCGAGAAUGACAUGACAGGAUGAGAAUAUUUUUAUUGAAAUUGAAAGUGUCAAUAAUACGAGACAGAGGCCAAGCUUAAUUCUGGUCAAUGCAGACAAUUGGUACCAUGAAGUGCCACACGGCCGCUAUCUUGGUUGCCACGACCCGUGAACUUUUACAAUUCACUGUCACUAAACCUAACCUGCCUAAAUGUAUCCCUAAACCUAACCUGAAUCCUUCUUCUUCUUCUAUAUUUUAAGGGCCCACGAUCAAUUUAUUGAUCAUUUUGGCUCCUAUGCAUGUAGAUGGGAUUUGCAAUGUUUCUGUUACUGGUGGUGAUGAGGAAAUUAUGCACUAGGGGUUUGAAGGCUUGAGGCAAUAGACACAAAAUUGGGCAGGAAUGAGCAGCUCCUAUACUGGCUUCUUGCUGGUAUGAGCCUGAAUUGCCUGUCAUGGCCUCGUCGCUGUCUAUGGGGGAGAGGGACGAGUUUCUGUUUAAUACCGGAACAGUGGACCAGCCCAUUAUUUAUCUUGUACAUCAUGGAGAGCCUGAUUGUAUCCCUAAACCUAACCUGAACCCUAAAUGUAUCCCUAAACCUAACCUGAACCCUAACUAAAUAUAUCCCUAAACCUAACCUGAACCCUAAAUUAUGUAUUCCUAAUGACAUGACGUCAUGGCACCAAUUCUCUGCAUUAGCCCGAUCGAUCUUGAAAUGGCAGUCUGACUGCACUUUUGCCUUUGCAUGAAAGCCUUGGUUUACUUUGCCUUAUCUGUAACUGUAAUGCUCUUUUUUGUAGCUAGCAGUAGCAACCAAUGGAUUCAAUGACUCAAUUUCAAUGGUUUUGUUUUUCACAUCUUCUGUCUGCUUGAUUCCCAUAUUCAUUGCAGCAAGCUGCAGUUCAGAUUCAGUGUUAUUAGCUGGAAUGGUGAUCAAUUUCAAUGUUGGCUUCUCUCAUUUUCUUUUGCAUAUUCUUACAUCUUUAAGUCUUGCUUGCUCUCAAUCUUUCCAAAAAUAUCUGUGAAUUCUCUUUACAAGUAAAUUAUAUAGCCUAACCAGCAAAGGCAACUCUUACCAAGAGAACAUGCUGCACAAGUAGCAAUUUUACUAUAAAAAUACUCUGAAUACUGUUGUUAUACUAUAGGCUACUAAAGUUAGCAAAGUAAAUAUUACUUCAAUUAAUACUAUUAUUAAAAUCAAGUUAAAAAAUAAAUAUAAAAUUAAAAUUAAUGUUACAUUAUCAAUGCGGUUAUUAUCAUUAUAUAAAUAAACUAGAAUGUCGCCCGUGCAAAGGGCUAAUCCAUAAUUUGCCAUUAAUUAAUCACUAAAUUUAUAAAUUUUUCUCAAGCUUGGUGGGGGUGCAAUUUUAGUUCUAGCCAUGUUGCUAUAUGACCGACACCUACUUAUGUUUAAUAAUUAUGUUGGUCUUUAAUGUUUUGAGCAAUUUUAAUGAAGGGAUCACUUAGUAGACAGUUUUUUUCUUAACUCUAUUGCAUCAAAUUUUUAUAUAUCAAUUUAUAUAAGACUAACAUUUUUAUUUAUUUACAAAUUAUUUUACUCAUUUGCCUAUUGUUUUUUAUGUUAUUGUAUUUAAACAUUCUGGGGUACUAUAAAACCACCUAAUAAUAAUAAUAAUUUUUAACAGUUUAAAUAUCAAGUCAUGGGAAGCAAAACAAAGAGGUUAUUUGAACAUAUGCGAAGCAUGUUUGAAAAGCCAAGUUCAUCAACAGUUAAGUGUUACUAUUUCUAAAAAUUUUUUUUAUAUUUCACAUUUUUAUGCUUAGUAAAUUUAAGUAUAUUUGUCCAAAAGUCUUUUUGUCUUCAUGUAAUAAUUAAAUGUUAGAAAAUUCUAUAUUGAUGACACUUUUCAAUUAAAAUUUAAUGUUUCACUUCUACAGACCUGUUUACUCUUAUGAUUUUGGCGUACAAUGAACGAUUUAGAGGUGUAUAAUUAUAUAUACUGUAUGUUUAUUUUUUUUUACCUUUAAGAUAAUGUAUUGAACAAUUGUGAUAAUAUUGUACGAUUUUAAGAGUUUGAGGGUAAACAGGUCUGCUUCUAGAAUCUAGUCACUAGGAAUCUGGCAUUAACCCAUUCCCUGUAUUAAUGCUGAUUUUUGAGUUGAUAGCUUUUUAUAGAACAACAAAUAAAAAAUUGUCAUUAAUAAUGUAAAUAUAAAUAAUAUCAAAAUUAUUUAUAUAUUUAAAUGGAUUUGAAUGCAUCAAUAAAUAUAUAAUUUAAAUGCAAUUCUUUUAGACUAUAGUAUACUACUGAAACUUUGAUUUGGAUGUUUUUAUAUUCAGUGAAUCAAAAAACAAAGUGCAGACUUAGAAUUAGAUUGACUAUUUGAAGAAAAAUGCUGUAGUAAAACUAAAAAAAAAAAUUGGAUGAUACAUCCUUCCCACUUCAUUACAGAAGCCUAAGAUCAGCUCAACCAGAAUAAAUUCUUUCACUUAAAGUUAGGCAGUUAGGACCGAAAGAUAUAAAAAUUAUUUUGUUCCCCAGUCUAUACAAAUUUACCAGUGUGUUCCCCCAGUGGUUAUCAAAGCUAAAUGAUCACUAAUUAAGCCAGUAUUUUCACUAAAGGAGUUAAUUCAUGGCUUAUUUCUAUGCAAAAGAACUACUUUAACAUGUCUUGUUUUUAAAUUAUUAUAACUGUAAAAUGUUUUAAAAUAUGUUUUUAUUUAUAUGCUGAAAAUGAAUAUAAUAUACAAUGCAAUAAAAAACAUUUCCAUUCAUUUGGAUCAAUAACAGAAUCUUAUCUCUUAUGUUAAUAAUUAACACGUAAAAAAGCCAGAGCAUAUCUCUAUAAUAUUCAAUCAUGUCAUAACCAUGGAAUCAGGACAAGGAUUGUUUUAGACAUAGGUGGGAUUUAGAAUAAUGUGUAAAACUGUUAUUACAUUUUAAUUUAAAUCAAUCAGUCAUAUAACACAUGCAAAAAUCUAAAUGUGAUUAAUUUUAUCUUUAAAAAGAUAGUUUUAUUAUCACUAAUAAAUGGUGUUAUAUAUGUUUUAUUAAAAUUAUUUAUAUAGAAAUAGUUUCAAUUUUACAACAUAAGUCAGCUUGAAUUGCAUUACAAAAUUCAAAUUUUAGCCAUGGUUCCAUUUUGCGAACGUGAGUGGAGAGAAUUUAGGCAUACAGAGGGCAUCAAUUUUUGUGUGCUGUAAAGUACGGUACUUAGGACAUUGGAUAUCUUGAAGGUAUUUUUUUUUCAUGUCAAGUUAAAUUUUGAAAAGAAAAUUAUGAGAGCAUUCUAGGAGCACUAAUGAUAAAACAUUCUUUUAUAUCCCUUUCAUAACAGAUUUUUUUUUUUCCUUGACAGAGAGUUUCUAAUUUGCUGCCACUGGGAGUCAUGGAAGAAAGUGAUACCCUAGGAUCUUCACUACAUAGAGAAGCAAUUGUAGGAAACAGACGUGCCUUGAAGAAAAUUUUACAAACAUGUAUGCUAUUUAAAUAUUAAUAAUGUCUUUUAAAAGCAACAUAAUAAAGAAUUUUUCGCCCUCAGCGAAGACAAGAUGCUGCUAUUAAUCUUAAAUUUUUUUAAAACCAACCAUUUGAAUGCUUUUUAGAUAAACUUAAUCCAGGUCUUUAGAUGGAAACUGAAAUCUAUAGUAAACUGUUUUUAUGAAUGAAUAUAGGCCUAAUAUGCUAAAUAAAAUGUUGAAAAUAGAUAGCCUUUUGGGGAUUAGAAACCCUGUUAACUUCUUAAUAUCCAUGGCCCCGAUUAAUUUCAAAAAUAUAAUGCAACAUAUCCUCUUACCAGCCCUUUGAGAAACACGCUUAAAAAAAUGAUAUUUAUCUUUUCCUUUAAAGCAAUAUGUGUUGAUUAUCCAAAUGACAAGGGUCAAACUCCUUUGUUUUGUGCUUGUGCUUGUGACAGUGAAUCUACAGCGCUCCUCCUCCUGCAGCAUGGAGCUAAUCCCAACGAGUGAG